AUGAACGCCCCAAACCUUCUGACGAUACCUAUCGAGUUGCGCGAACUCAUAUACGGCUUCCUCUUCAGCAGUCAUACCAUCCGGCAUGGCUUUAAACAUGCCGGUGCCCCUGGCGACGACGCAGAGCCUUCUAAUCGCAUAGCGCUCCUGCUCAGCUGUCGCCAGGUCUUCGCCGAGGCGCAUCGCCAUCUUCCACUCAACUGCACUCUACAUUUCCGCGGCACAGAGAAUCUACUCGAAACACUCCUCUCCGUUGAUCAGAGCGUAGUGACGCGACUCCGCCACAUUCGAGUUCGUGCGUACCCUUUCCCGUUGUACUCUUCAGGGAGCUCGCAGUACUACCCUACAUACUAUGCAGCGAAUGCGUUCACUCUGCUCCCUGGUCUUUGUCUGGAUACGUUGGUUGUAGAGGAUUGCUGGCAUGGUUUCGGUCUGGGUGAUGCUUGGCGAGAUGUUACAACUUACUUCGACAUCGAGACUCUUCUGAACAGUGACGCUUGGAAGGAACUGACGUAUAUCACACCGUGUACCGAUUUCAUUGCCUCGGGCUACGACCACCGGCGCAAACGGUCGGCGCAACCCGAGAACUGGGAUGCGCUAAUUAAAGAACGCGAUGGAGAGGAGUACGGCGCAGAGGUCAAGAUGUACAUCGUUCCUUAUGCGCAGCACACGGCGACUGGAGACGAGAAGACAGAAGACGGGCGCAUAAUGCAGCCAUGGGCAGCAAAGCCAGGCCACGAAGUCAACGAGAAUUGGCGCAUCGCGGGACCGGAGCAGGACAUGAAGGGCGAGGUGAGGAUUAUCGCAAAGAGAGGUAAGAGGUCGAGAGCUGUACAGCUUGGGCUUGCCGGAAAGAGGACCUGGGAAGAGUUGAAAGGAAAAGAAGCCGGCGGCUUCGCUCCUGAAGCCUAUCUACGCGCCUUGGAUGUCAACCACGCCAACUCACACCUAAAGGUGCUUUCCGCUGCCCAGGUUCUCGUCAACAUGAUCCAACCACCCGCCAUCGUUCUCGUGUUUGCUCUCCACGCUGGAUUAUCAGUCGCCCAGCAGUAUCCGUUACCUGUAACCUAUGAUACCGUCAUCAAAUCGCCCAUCGACCCUAGCAUCACCAUAUCCUAUAAGACACCCGACGCCCAUUCGUGUGCAACGGCUUUCGAGGAGCAGAAGCAGUAUACUGGAUAUGUCAAACUUCCUCCGUUUACGCUUGAGCCGUUCCACCAGGAUUACUCAAUCAAUACCUUCUUCUGGUUCUUCGAGGCACGCGAGAACCCCGAAACGGCUCCAUUGACGAUCUGGUUGAAUGGAGGACCUGGCAGUUCAAGUAUGUUCGGGCUUUUCGGAGAGAUGGGACCUUGUGAGAUUGUAGAAGGCCCAGACGGCAGCUAUACCACGCAGACCAGGAUCUGGGGAUGGGACCGCAGUUCCAACGUACUCUUCAUCGACCAACCUACCCAAGUCGGCUUCUCAUACGAUGAGCUCCGCAACGCUUCGGUGGACUUUAGCAUACCUGAUUACACUGGUCGGGACGAGCUCAUGGAACCUUCCCCGCUUCCUGCUGACGCUCCCGAAUGGCGCUUCAAGAACGGCACUUUCCCUUCUGCUAUUCGAGCCAAUACAGAAAACCUGACUAUUGUUGCCGCACAAGCAUCGUGGCACUUCCUCCAAGGAUUCCUAUCGGCGUUCCCGCAGUACAACCCUGGCGCUCGACCCCACAGCGAUACUGUCGAACCCUGUCAUGUUAACCUGUUCAGCGAGAGCUACGGUGGUACUUAUGGUCCACUUUUCGCCGACUAUUAUGAGAGCCAGAAUGAUCGUCGGGAAAAGGGUGAGAUUUCAUCCGAAGCGCUCGACAUCCGGCUUGGGUCACUCGGCAUCGUCAACGGUGCAAUGGAUGUUUACGGAUCGGCACUUUUUGGCCUGGAGUUCAUGUACAACAACACCUAUGGCAUCGAAGGCAUUGACCUCACUACCUACCAAAACUUGGUAUCGGAACUCCACGUAGACAUGGGCUGCCAAGAUCUGGUGAGACAGUGCGGCGCGUCGGCAGCCCUCAACGACCCCGAAGGUCUUGGUACCAACCAAGACGUUAACGAUCUAUGCUACAGUGCUAUCUACAAUUGCACAGCUGUUUCUAGUGUUGCCUACACCACUGGUAGGAGUAUUUACGACUUCCGAGCUGGUCCAACGGUCGGGCCUGCUGUCCCACUCGCAGAGUAUUUGAACGGAGAAGGUUUCCUACAAUCCAUUGGCGCACCAGUCAACUUCACCUCCACUAGCUACACCGUUGCAAAUGUUUUCCAAUACAAUGGAGACGCGGCCCGCGGAGGGCAAAUCGCCGCUUUAGCGGACCUGCUUGCUCGUGGUAUCAAAGUCGCCCUCAUCUACGGUGACGCUGAUGUCAUAUGCAAUUGGUAUGGAGGACAAAACUACUCUCUCGAGAUUGCUGGUCUUGUUCCAGGAUACAAGACGGCUUUCCCAGAGGCUGGGUAUGCGGACAUUGUUGUGAAUGAUUCCUACAUUGGCGGGGCAGUCCGUCAAUACGGCAACCUCUCAUUCUCUCGGAUUUAUGAUGCCGGCCACCAAGUACCGUAUUACCAGCCAGAGACCGCUUUUACUGUUUUCACUCGCGUCAUCCAAGGCGAUGACAUCAGUAUGGGUCGCAGUGUCGAUCUGUCCAGCUUUGGUACCGAAGGCCCUAGCACUUCUGAUCACAAAAACGACGCAGGAACCUCUCCCGCACCGAUUUGCUGGAUUCGGGAGGCAUAUCUCAGCUGUACUGAGGAGGAAAAUGCUGGUAUUUCUGCAGGAAAUGGCACAGUGAAGGCUGGAAUAUGGUAUCCAUCGGAGGAAGACAUACCAACUAGGGCCUCGCAGGAUGUACCCAAGUCGCGGCCCACUUCGACAACCUCAGUGGCUCUGACGGGUGUAUAUAGCGCUACCAGCACCCCAACAGUCAAGCAGACCUCCGGAGCAUCGUCGCUUAGGCUGAACCUGCCAUUUCGCCUUUCGCGUCGCGACAUCCAUGCGGACCUAUUGUUGGAGGAAGAUGAAGCUUACAGCCAUGGGCGCAACGUAAGGAAUGGUCUCAUUGGAGGUCUUGCUGCGGCUAUCGCUCUGCUGUUACGCCGCGAGGUCUACAAAGGGCCCUUUCCGGACGACGGCGAAAGAGGCCCAAUCGUUGUCAAGCAGAUGAUAGAUGACGGACCAGCGCCAACGUACUCUGGUCGGCCAAUAGCACGUCUGGAUCCGAUACCAGAGGCAAGCCCAAGACCCAGCGACGAUUUGAGAGAUAGAACAGCCAUCGCGUCAGGCCAGCCAGUAUCUAUGCCAAAUAUGGAAGAGGACCCUUUCGUUUCACCCGUCCAGCGAUCGACCCCCUUACUGCAAGAUGCAGGGCCAUUAACACGCGCACCAAGCAGAUGGCCUACAGAGACCAUUGCAGUGCCCACGCCUCCUCCUGAGCCAGAUGUUGUCGCGCCUCUGGAACUGGCGAUGUCCGUGCCGCCUACGCCACCAGAGCCCUUGCCAACCACAACAGUGCCGAUAGAAACGUCCUCGCCUACCCCAGCACAGCCAGUACCGCCUUUACUUGAGUCAACGCCCUCUCGAGGCCAGGUACCUAAAUUAGUACAACAUACAACUACGUCUCCCCCUUCCUCGCCACUUCAUACUCCGAUAAGUGUCCCGCCGUCACCUGGUCCGGAGCCAACCAUAGCAACUUUGCUAGCUCCUCCGCAGCCGUCACUCUACGCACGUAUCAAGUCUAUGUUUAUAGCUAUACCAGGAGGUCAGGAAGCCGCCGUCCAGACUGACGGUUCUGUUGAUCGACGAGUGCUGUUGCCGCGCGUUGUUGUGAGACUGCCUUCUUCCAAGCGUGCACCGAAAGCUGCAAUACCAACGUGGUCCACUGAGGUUUGGUUAUGA